UUCUUACUAUCUCAGCUUAUGGUCAGAAGUCAAGUGACCUGAAUUUCUGCCUGGCCAACACUGUGAUUAAGAUCCGCAUAAGUUUCUGGGCACUACAGCCCUGCAGGACCCAGAGAGCACUGGACACACUGGAGCAAACGCGGAUGGUAGGUCCUUUGGGGCUGUGCAACACGGUGGCUCUGAGCCUGGCGUGGUUAUUAAUCCUUAGGUUUUUCCCUCUAAAAAGGGGGCAAUGACAUCAUCCUUAUCAGCCUCCCAAGCUGAUUUCAAGGCUCCAAAGCUAGGAUAGAAGGAAAGGUGCUUUGGCCUCAAGAGCCCCACACCAUGAUAUUCUCACAGUCUAACUUAUUUCUUUUGCCCUAGACAUCUCUUUUGUGAGAAGAAAGAGAGGAGGGAAGAUGCUCUGUGAUGCUUCCAGUAAUGCUGACCAGUCAUGGUGCUGUCACCUCCUCGUCUGUCUUUGCAAUCUGUUCCCAACUGAGGUUUCUGUUGCAGUGUAACUGACCACUCCAGGGGCCACUGAGGGCUGUCAGGAUGAACUAUCCUUCCACCCCAGGCUGUCACUGCCAGAAAAUUACCUGAAGAGUUCCAGCCUGAGGCCUCCUCAUGGAUGGGUUAAAUGUGACAUCAUCUGUUGUUGAGGAACCCACGAACAUCUCAACUGGCAGGAACGCCUCGGUUGGGAAUGCACAUCGGCAAAUCCCCAUCGUGCACUGGGUCAUUAUGAGCAUCUCCCCAGUGGGGUUUGUUGAGAAUGGGAUUCUCCUCUGGUUCCUGUGCUUCCGGAUGAGAAGAAAUCCCUUCACUGUCUACAUCACCCACUUGUCUAUUGCAGACAUCUCACUGCUCUUCUGUAUUUUCAUCUUGUCUAUUGACUAUGCUUUAGAUUACGAGCUUUCUUCUGGCCAUUACUACACGAUUGUCACAUUAUCAGUGACUUUUCUGUUUGGUUACAACACGGGCCUCUAUCUGCUGACGGCCAUUAGUGUGGAGAGGUGCCUGUCAGUCCUUUACCCCAUCUGGUACCGAUGCCAUCGCCCCAAGUACCAGUCGGCAUUGGUCUGUGCCCUUCUGUGGGCUCUUUCUUGCUUGGUGACCACCAUGGAGUAUGUCAUGUGCAUCGACAGAGAAGAAGAGAGUCACUCUCGAAGUGACUGCCGGGCAGUCAUCAUCUUUAUAGCUGUCCUGAGCUUCCUGGUCUUCACACCCCUCAUGCUGGUGUCCAGCACUAUCUUGGUCAUGAAGAUCCGGAAGAACACGUGGGCUUCCCAUUCCUCCAAGCUGUACAUCGUCAUCAUGGUCACCAUCAUUAUAUUCCUCAUCUUCGCCAUGCCCAUGAGACUCCUUUACCUGCUGUACUAUGAGUAUUGGUCAACCUUUGGGAACCUACACCACAUUUCCCUGCUCUUCUCCACAAUCAACAGUAGCGCCAACCCUUUCAUUUAUUUCUUUGUGGGAAGCAGUAAGAAGAAACGAUUCAAGGAGUCCUUAAAAGUUGUUCUGACCAGGGCUUUCAAAGAUGAAAUGCAACCUCGGCGCCAGGAAGACAAUUGUAAUACGGUCACAGUUGAGACUGUUGUCUAAGAACUGAGAGGGAAGUUGUGGAUAACAAUGGUGGAACACAGGUCAUUUUUAGCUUGUGCUUGGAAUGUAACUUAAGUAUCUCCUAAAUGUGAUACAGAAGGACAUCUCAUCCAAUAUGCAUGAGAUACUAAUUAAUGAUGAAAUUGAACUCUUGUACUGUAUCUUCUGGAAAUGACCUGUCAUUUCUGUACUUGAUAAAGACUCUUUCUAUUUCUUUCAGCUCUUUUGGCAGCAUCUUACCAUGAACCAUAAAAAUGACUCUAGCAGGAAGAUUUAGAGAUGUGUACGAGACAAGGUAACAAAAGUAUUUGUUGGAACUUGAGGAGGCAGCUUGAUGUAGCAGGAAGAACAAGGGUCACUUCCUGUGUGACCUCAGGCAAGUUGUUAAACCUCUCAGAGCCUCAUUUUCUCACUCACAUAAUGGUCACGGCAACAGUCUAUACCUCCUUGGUCUGCUGUGAGGAUGAAAUGAGAAGAUGAGGCUUGCAAAGCACCUGGCACAUUGUGGAUGCUCAACAAACAUCAGUCUCUCCUCACUCCCUUCAAUGGUAGACAAAAUAUAAAUUUCUGUUUCGUAAAGCACACACACACACACACACACAACUCUAUCAUGUACAGAAGUUAUUAUGUGUUUUUACACAUUGAACGUAAAUUUACGAAGGUCUUCUUUUUGCUUGCAGCAUGAAAGCUUUUCAUGGCAUUAUCCCUCUAUUGAAAAACAUCGCGGAUGUUAUGAUCUAAGCAGCCAUGUGCUCGUGCAUCAUUUCAGGUUAAGAAGAAAAACAUUUGGCCACCAGUAGAGGGGUUUCUCAUGGCUUCCCUUCCCUCUGUGGGAAUACUAGAUGAAAUGAAAGUCUGUGUUUUGAAAUCCUUUGAUUGCAUAUAAAUUUUUAUGAAUGGAGUUGAAUUUAUGACUUCCUGGUGGUGACUGGGAUCCUCCUCCCCCAUGAAACGGUGGGUUAUUUAUCGCCAGAGUUCUCACCUGCAGCCAAGUGCAGGUCUCUGCACCUGUUUGCCUCCUCGCCUCCUGAGGCUUUUUUUUUUUUUUUUCAUCAUACCUGGAAGGAGGCUCAGUGUAAGGGCUAAUGAGAAUGUGGACACAUCCUGGAGGACUCUGAUAUUUUUGCUUAUGGCAGAUCCUUGCAUGACGUCCUCAGCAUCUUUAUUCAGCACUCCAGGGCAGGCUCUGCCUCUUGCCUGCCACGAGUUGCCCUCCAGACACCACAUGUCCUGGGUUUUAGCUGUGAAGCCCGUCUCAGCCUAUAGACUGCAUAGCGAUGUUUAUUUCCUUCUGUCCCUUCUAGGAGUUCCACAAAAUGGCAAUAUGUCACAUGAUUCUACAGGUUGUAAAAUGUUCAAGUCCGUAGAAAUGAGCCCGAUAGUAUUUAUUUUAACCAUUUGCUCUUUAAAAGGUCAGAGAGGCAGUGAUGAAACGGUUCUCUGUUGCUGCUGGUCCUUCCCCAUUCUCUUCCUUUCUCAAAAGAAACGAUGGGGGGCAGCUUCGCUGAGGGAGCUGAGUCUCUCCCGUCGAGCCAGGACCCCACUACCAGCCAAGCUUGGAUGCCGGAGGCUUUUCAGUGGGUGACGACAUCUGAUUCAGAAACAAGGCAGCUUUGCUUUCAGGAGCCCAGAUGGGGUGUGGAGCAGUGACAUUUAGAAUGAUCUUGUUUUUGGUUGAAAACAGAGCAUCUUCCCUGGGAAAGAACAGAAUAUGGAGAUCAGAGCGACUCCCCUCUGUUUCCUGUCCUCUCCUGUGUGUGCUGCGUGCUGGCCUCUGGGGUAGGGAAAGGGGGCCAACCUCAUCUCAUUUCAAAAGGGAUCUUAGUCUCAAAGAGGACCCUAAAGACUAUUAGAUACAAGGAAUUUCUACCUAAGGAAAAUAUGGUGAACUAAUAGGAAGCCCCCAUUUAUUGUUUUUCUGCAGAUAAAGUUGGGAAAUCAAAUGUGAUAAUGAAUAUAAAAGUUAUUCUAACCUUUUAAAAUGAUGGCUUACCAAGAGGUAGGAUUCAGAGUUUGGCAGGGUUAUAAAGACUAAUUUCUUUCUCUCUUCCCCCAAAUCCAUUCCCAAAAUGAACUGUAAGGUUAAAACGAAAACAAGAAGAUCUGUGUAGAUUUGCAAAUGUGUAGAGAAUACUAAAUAAUUGGUACCCUUUAGGCAUUCAGACAAUUUGCCUAAGUCACUGUAGGUUACUAGGUGCCACUUCCGAGAAUUCCCUGGGGAUAGGGAGGAGAUUGUUUGGAUAACGCCUGUCCUAACUGAAGAGGAAGGGUUUGUAGUGUUCCUACUACAAAGAUUCGUGGACAGCCUUCUCUGCAGAACGCCAUGAUGUGGACAAGGCAAAGAUGGGGAAGUGGAAGCCGCUGUCCUGUGUUGUAGGAGAGAGAGACACCACAUAACUAAAACGCCAGGCUGCACACAAGUUUGUUUGACAAGUGUUAGGAACAAAAUUGUGUGGCAGAGGUCACCGCAGCAGGGGGCUCUUCCUGCCACCCCCGCACUGCACACAGCCUCUUCUGUUCCCUCCCCUGCCCACUGGCCUUUCUCCUCAGCAGUCGUCAUGCCGUGUAUUGAUUUGCUUAUUUGCUUGUUCUCUGUCUCUUCACGCUAGACUAUAAGCUCCUUGAGGGCAGGGAUGUAACUUUGCUCACUGCUGUAGCCCCAGUUUAUCUGCUGUGGCGGUCUAAUCCACUGCACCCCUCUCUGGGAUGUUUCCCUUGCACAUAUAAAUAGGCUCAAAUGGCUUCCACCUAACCGCAAGCCAUUCCUUGCCCCAUAGUCCUUUCCAGUUUCUAUCUCCCCUCCUUCCCUUUCGUCCAAACCACCUUCUGGAAAGGCUCUUCCACACUCGCUGUCCUGACUCUUGCCACAAUUCAGCCCUCAACAUCCUGCCAGUUGUCUUGCAGUCUGACCAUCACAGAGAGAUUGGUCCAGAUAGGAAGGUGAGUAACUUCCACAGUGCCACAUCUGAUGGGCUGUUUUCUACCCAUGCCUUUUGCGGCAUUUAAUGCCCACAGUCUUCCCGAAAUUAUCUCUUUUCUUGGAUUCUAGUUUGCUACAUUUUUCUCCAGGUCUUUUUGAAUCCUGUCUUCCCAACUAGAAUCUUGUCACUUCUUUCCUCCCUCUUCUACUGCUCCUCCCUUAAACGGACACAUUUUCCAUAAUUCAGUGGCUGGGCCUCCACUCUCCUCUUUCUGAGAACUCUCUCUGGAUCCUGAUCCAUAGUCAUCUGCUUAUUAAUGAACCUCAAAUAGGCAUUUGCUGAGCAGAACCCUUUGCUGGGCUCCAGUCCUGUGUGUCCAACCAUCUAAUGGACUUUUUGACCCAAUGUCCUAUAGAUGCUUGUAACCCAUUCAUUUCUCCACCAUUUCUUUUUUCUUUUCCUUUUCUUUAUUUUCUUUUUCUU